AAACGGCGGAUUCUGACGAUUCGCCUCUCUCUCUCUUUCUCUCUCUUGGCCCGGGUUUGCCUAUUCGUCGAGGUACAUUGUUCUCCUUGUCACCUCCUCCUCCUCCUCUCUGUCGAUCUUCUGCAAAUUGUGGGUGCUCCAUUUCUUCCUCCUUUUGAUGUGAACAGUCAAAGAAUGGUGUAGGCUGAAGAUGCCAGCUUGGAAUUUGGGGAUCGAGUGCUGAAUUACUUGGUUAUUGGUGGCGGUUUUUAUACAUUGAAGUUUUUCACAGUUUGAUGCUUAUGUGAAAUUGGGAAGGGAAAAGAGAGCAUAGACACUUAUGCUAUGUCUGGAGGCAUAUAUUUUUUUAACAAAGGUUGAGAUUCCUUUAUACUGGCGCUUCCAGAGAACAUGAAAUUGCAGAUCCUACCUAUCGUUGUGACCUCCUGACUGUUUCGUAUUAUAUGUAAUACCGAGUGUGGAAGGAUCGUUAAGGAAGGUAGGUUCUUAGGUUGUUGGGACUCUGGAUUGUUUGAGAUGAUCCUACUGGUGGUUCCUUCAGUCUGUAUCAUCUUUUCAUGUCCGUGAUUUCUCUUCUUCAGAAAAUUUCUUGCAUGAAUUUUGAUGCCAAACACUGAAAACUUCACGCUCAGAAAAGUGGAAAGUGGUUGUAUUGGAAAUUGUCGGUACAUCGUGUAUGUGAUGAAUGUUGUGGCCUUUUUCUGCUAAACCAAAGGGACAACUAUGGAUCAGACUGGUAAAACAGAAAGGGAGUGUAUCCUGGACUUGGAGAGCGGUAGAAUAAACUGCACCGAAGAAGAUUCAAAAGUUACUACUUCUGGCACUGAACAGUCAAGGCGAUCGCCUGUAAUAGGUAGGAGCAACUUUGUUAUGUUGGAUGGACCUAUCAGAGGGGUGGAUGGUCAAAAUUUAUCCAAUAAUGCAACCUAUAAUUCAGAUGUUUAUCAAGAAGACCCAGAAUUAUCAGCAAUGAGAAAGUUAAUGGAAGACAAGGCGAGUCUCAGAGAAAAAAGACUUGACGGUGAAAAACCCAGGAAACUAGGCUGUAAAAAGCCACCUAAACCCCCCCGCCCUCCUAAAGCACCGUCAUUGGAUGCUGCAGAUAUGAAGUUAGUCGAGCGGAUUUCAGAGAUUGCAAUGCUGAAGCGAGCAAGGGUUGAGAGGAUGAAAGCUUUGAAGAAGAUGAAAGCUAACAAGGCAUCAUCAUCUUCAAGUGGUAGCCUCUGUGCCAUGAUCAUCACAAUUCUCUUUUGCCUGGUUAUAAUUCUGCAAGGUGUCUUCUCUCACAGCAACUCUAGCAUGAAAUUUCAAGGUUCGCCAAUUCCUGCCAUGGCAAGAAGGCCGGGCUUUAUCUCAAUACAGUUCAACGUCAACAACUCUGUAGACAGCAGCUCUGCUUCUGCUUUUGCAUCUGCUUCUCCUAGCUUUAUAGAGCAGACCUCAGGAGCAAGUAUGGAUGACAGGAGCUGACAGAACAAUGAAGCAUGGCCACUGCUUACAAUGGAGGGUGUAAUUCUAUUUCGAGUAUCAAUCCAAGCUUGGCUUGUUUUGAUUGAGAGGGAAUCCCAACCUUUCUGAUGACGACAAGUCUGUGAUUGUGCAUAUGUAAAUAUGGUUGUUUUUCUUCAGGAAAUACUAAAACUGCUGUGUACUGAGGAAUAGGAAAUAUUUCGGGAAGUUUCUUUCA